GUAACCAAAACCGGAGACAUUGCGAUCGUGGAAAUACUGACCGGCGAAUAAAUUAGCCUGCCCUGUGUAAUUCGAAGAAAGCCUGAAUCUUUUCGAUCUUUGAAUUCUCCCAUGGCCCAAAACCGAAGCUCCCAGAGCGUUCUUGACACUAUGGGGGAAGAAAUUGUUAGAAUCCUUGCACCUGUAUCGCUCUGUAUGGUGUUGGUAGUAAUCCUGGUCUCAAUUCUUAAUGACAGCUCUGCUACAUCGUCAAUCUCAAGUAUAGCCACCAUGGCAUAUAGUGAGACUGGCACAGACUCUUCCUGGGACAAAUUCGUGGGCGCCGUUUUGAAUUCCUUGGCAUUCGUGGUUGCUAUUACUGUUGUAACAUUUGUUUUGGUCCUUCUCUUCUAUUUCAGAUUCACCAGAUUCUUAAAACUAUACAUGGGUUUUUCUUCUUUUCUUGUUUUGGGAUUCUUGGGUAGUGAAAUUGCAAUGUUUUUAAUUGAACAUUUUAGCGUCCCAAUUGAUUGCAUAACAUUUUCUCUAGUUGCCUUCAAUUUUGCUGUUGUUGGUGUGUUGGCCGUCUUUAUGUCAAAAAUGGCAAUUGUUAUUACACAAGGGUACUUGGUUCUUAUUGGAGUGUUGGUCGCUUACUGGUUUACUAUGUUACCUGAAUGGACCACUUGGGUACUACUGGCUGCCUUGGCAUUGUAUGAUCUUGCAGCAGUCUUAUUGCCUAUUGGACCACUAAAGCUUUUAGUAGAGCUUGCAAUAUCGAGAGAUGAAGAAAUUCCAGCACUGGUUUAUGAGGCUAGGCCAGUAAACUGUGAUAAUUUAGACCCCAGGGCUGGUGUGACUCAGAGGCGGGUAUGGAGGGAUAGGAGGAUUGAGAAUUCAAAUAAUCAAAUUGAUUCCAACCUGAGUGUUGGAUCAAACUCCACUCUCAAUGCCAAUGCUCUUUUGAAUUCAAAUUUGGAUGGUAGUAAUCCAGAUGUAACUCACAAUGCAACAAAUUUGGUUAUGGAAAAUGCUGUCUCAAAUCCAAGUUUUAAUUCUAAUACUUCUGAUGGCAUCUGUUCUGACAGAAAUUUAGUCAGAGCGGAAGAGGGACAAGUUCAGGAAACUGAUUCAGAGCUUUCGGCUCCUCUAAUUGACCAUGGAACGAAUGUCCAGUUGAAUAGAGCAGAAGCAGUGUCAAAUGCAAAUUCGAUGCUGGAGGGAAUCGGGCUAGCAUCAUCUGGUGGAAUCAAGUUAGGGUUGGGAGAUUUCAUCUUCUAUAGUGUUUUGGUUGGCAGGGCGGCAAUGUAUGAUUUUAUGACUGUAUAUGCAUGCUAUCUUGCUAUUGUUGCUGGUCUGGGAAUCACUUUGAUGCUUUUGGCACUCUAUCAGAAAGCCCUCCCUGCUCUUCCAGUGUCAAUUACAUUGGGAAUGUUGUUUUAUUUUUUGACCAGGCUCUUGCUUGAGGUAUUUGUGGUACAAUGCUCCCUGAAUCUCUUGAUGUUCUAAAGUUAACUAUAUUACUUGAAUUUGGAAGUUGACUAUCAAGUAUAUUCCAAUUCCAUCAUUUCGUGAAUAUAUUCUUAGUUUAAAAUUC